AUGCAAGUCCCAUUAAUUAGACUUCAAUGCGGAGUCAAUAGCUAUGAUUGGGGAAAGGUAGGAAGUGAUUCAGCAGCUGCAAAGUUUGCUGCUGCUACACCUUCCAAUGAUUUCUCCAUUCAAGAAAAAAAACCAUAUGCCGAGUUGUGGAUGGGAACGCAUCCUUCAAACCCUUCUAAGGAUCUCACCACAAAACGAACACUCCUCGAUAUUUUUCAAGAUAACCAAGCUCUCCUAUCCAAAGAUAUCAGUGAUAAGUUCGGUGAAAAGUUACCAUUUCUAUUCAAAGUCCUCUCGAUUGGGAAAGCACUCAGCAUUCAAGCGCAUCCAAAUAAGAAGCUUGCGGAACAACUACAUCAAAAGGAUAGCAAAAAUUACCCAGAUGAUAAUCACAAACCUGAAAUGACGAUUGCCAUUACACCUUUCGAUGGGCUCUGCGGAUUUAGGCCUCUUACAGAGAUCUCACAUUUUCUCUCGACGGUUCCAUCCUUGAAGAAAUUGGUCGGAGAGUCCGCAGUGGAAGAAUACCAAUCCACGAUCAAGGGACAAGAAACAUCUGACAGACCGGAGGAUGAAGAAAGGAAUAAGAAAGCUUUACAAAAGGCAUUCACGGCACUAAUGAAUGCGAAGAAAGAAGAUAUUGAGAAAGCUAGUAAAGAAUUGGUUGCAUCGGCGGAAGAAGAGGGCUCAAACUUUGCUGGAGCUGGAGGUCCAUCUAAUGAAGGACAGGAAUUGGCAGAUCUCGUCAUCAGAUUGAACAAACAAUUUCCAGAGGACAUUGGAUUAUUCGUACAAUUCUUCUUAAAUUACAUCAAACUCGAGGUCGGAGAGGCAAUGUUCUUGAAGGCAGACGACAUCCAUGCAUACUUAAGCGGCGACAUCAUCGAAUGUAUGGCUGCAAGCGAUAAUGUAGUUCGAGCUGGUCUUACACCAAAGUUCAAGGAUGUCGAUACUUUGACCUCGAUGUUGACCUAUUCAUAUGCUCCAAUCUCUGAACAAAAGAUGGAACCGGUGGAUUACCCGUAUGCUACUCUCAAUGCCACCGCAUAUUCUUCUGGAUCAUCGGCCAUACUAUACGAUCCACCAAUUAUAGAGUUCAGUGUGGUAAAAACCGAUCUCAAGAAGAAGGGGGCAAAGGCAACAUUCGAACAAAUCGCUGGUCCUAGCAUUUUCAUCUGCACGACUGGAAAUGGUAAGAUUAGUGUCGGAUCCAAGGUCGAGGAAGUUAAACCCGGAUAUGUUUACUUUGUCGGAGCUACAACAGAAGUGGUACUUGAAGCUGAGGAUGAGGAUUUCACUACAUUCAAGGCAUUCUGUGAAUUGCAAGGCAAGGAAGAUGCGGACGGAAAGGAGAAGCUUUAA